CGUCAGCAUUGUUUUUUUCUAAAAUAAUAUAAAUUAGUAAUAAAGAAAUCUUCUGCAUUAAUAUUUGAAAAAUAUAUUUUAGUAUAAAAACUUUACAACAUGUGCAAUUAGUUAAUGAGGUGUUCAAAUAGAGAUUGUAGGUGUACGGACUCCAUUAUUCAAAUGAAAGAUGUCUUCUCUUUACGGAUCUACAUACAACAGAACAAAACGAAAGUGAUUUGGUGACCGUGCCGUGUGGAUCGGCGAAUUUUUAGUUCCUAGUUUAAGUUUCUGCCUGGAAAAUGGCGCAGACCGUGAGGCGCGCCAUCGAAGGCAGAUAUCCUUCUUGUUAUAUUCCGAACAGAAUAAAAGAAAGACGAGCCAAAGCUAGGGCUCUGAGAUUGGAACAACAACGGAAGCCCGAUAAGCCUGAAGACUUUGUGUGCUACUCCGACAGUGACAGUGAGGAGGAAACGCCCACACAGCAGCACCGUAUACUUUCCACAUCUUACAAUUUUGUAGACUAUGUGCGCUCGAGGGAAAUCAUGGCGCCAGAGCCGCGCUCGGUGGACCCGUCGUAUGCGACUCGGCACAUGCUCACACACGACAUGUUCCGUGAGACGGCCGUCAACCUCGGCAACAUGAACAAGGUGUUCUGUUCACAGUGGCUGUCGGACAGGCAGGUCGUGUUCGGUACCAAGUGCAAUAAGCUGAUGGUGUACGACGUGCGGCGUCGCACGCUGGACGCCAUCCCCACGCUUCGUCCGCGCGCGCCCUGGCCCGGCGCGGACCACCAGACCGGCAUACACGCGCUGCAGAUCAACCCCUCCAAGACGUUGCUGGCAACUGGAGCCCGGAAUUCGUGCGAGCUGGCCAUCUACAGCCUCCCCACGCUGGACCCCGUCUGCGUGGGGGAGGCACACAAAGACUGGAUCUUGGACCUGUGCUGGCUGGACGACGAGUUCGUGGUGACGGGAUCACGCGACUCCCGGCUGGCCUUAUGGCGAGCUCCGGCCGAGCCGGCUCCGCAUCACGCAUACGUGGCGCCGCUGGCCACCAGGGACUGCAAGUCAGGUCAGAAAGUCCGCGCCCUGACCUUCAACUCCCGGUGGCGGGAGAUUGCUGCUCUCACGCUGAACGGGUACAUACACGUGUUCAACGCGGAGACCUUCCGGCAGACUCUCUCACGGAAGCUGCCGUCCUGUCAGGACCUCGUCUGCCUCGCCACGCAGCAAGAGACGGGGGUGUACGCUAUCGGGUGUAAAUCGUACACGCUGCUGCUGGACUGUAGAACGCUGCAGUCUGUGAAGAAGAUCACAUCUCGGUACAACGGCUGCGGCAUCCGCUCCGCCAGCUUCCGAUCGCAUAUGCUCACCAUCGGGACCGGCCUUGGUCUCCUCAUGUUUUACGACCUGAGGGCUGGUAAAUAUUUAGAAAGCAAUAUACACUCAACGAAAACUGUCACGCUCAGAGCUUCCAGAGGCUAUGUAUACCCGCAGUUCCCGGACGAGGAGGCGGACGGGUUCAACCAGGUGAAGUACGUGCCGGCCAUCUACACGCACUGCUACGACGACAGCGGCACGCGCAUCUUCGCAGCCGGCGGACCUCUACCCGCGCCGCUCGUCGGGAACUACGCCGGCCUCUGGCAGUGACCGCUGCCCGCACCCCCCGCCGGGAACUACGCCGGCCUCUGGCAGUGACCGCUGCCCGCACCCCCCGCCGGGAACUACGCCGGCCUCUGGCAGUGACCGCUGCCCGCACCCCCCGCCGGGAACUACGCCGGCCUCUGGCAGUGACCGCUGCCCGCACCCCCCGCCGGGAACUACGCCGGCCUCUGGCAGUGACCGCUGCCCGCACCCCCCGCCGGGAACUACGCCGGCCUCUGGCAGUGACCGCUGCCCGCCCCCCCCGCCGGGAACUACGCCGGCCUCUGGCAGUGACCGCUGCCCGCACCCCCCGCCGGGAACUACGCCGGCCUCUGGCAGUGACCGCUGCCCGCACCCCCCGCCGGGAACUACGCCGGCCUCUGGCAGUGACCGCUGCCC